AAUAUCCAAAUAUUAAUAUACUUUUUAAGUAAACAAUUCUCAAUUUAAAAAUAAUUAUCUGUUUAGUACAUUUGCUAAAAGCACUUAUUGAUUUUUUCUUUGUUUACAUUCAAAACCGAAUCAAUAAAAUUGUAACCACUACGUUGUAGCACAUUGUUAAUAAGUCUGAAGAUGUCCUUAUUUAAAACUAGAUCAUUUUGGUCUUACCGAAGCGAUGACGAAGAAUAUUUCGAUCAAAACUCUAUGAUAAUAACAUGCCUUAACGGCGACAGCGAUUAUAUUAUUACGGGUAGUCAAAGUGGCGUUUUGAGAAUUUUUAAACCUUCAUGCACAAUUGAAGAUAAUGAAAUAAGCGGUUUGUUACCCACUGAUUUGGUUAUAGAGAAAAUAUUCGAUAUGCCUAUUUUACAAUUGGGAUAUGGCAGGCUAGUUUCUGGAUCGUUAAAUUAUCAAACAGCUAUACUUAGUCCUAGAAGAGUAUCUGUACACUUACUAAAGAUUAAAGAAGGUCAAACCGAACAUGGAACACAAAAUACAUUCGAAUUACUUUACGAACACCACUUACCUAGAUCGGCGGCAAAUUUCACUGUGGGGCAAUUUGGCGGAUCACAAAAUCGCGAUUUUAUAUGUGUGCAAUCGCUAGAUGGUGUGCUAAGUUUUUUCGAACAAGAAAAUCCGACAUUUUGUUGUUUUUUACCCGAUUUCCUAUUACCGAGUCCAGUGGCGUACGUCAAAAAAACUGACAGUUUCGUUACGGGAACAGAUAAUUGGCAACUCGUUUCUUACAGAUAUAACAGUUUAUCAGAAACAGGAGAUGUUAACGAAUCUGGAAAAAAUUCGAAGACGAAAAUUUUUCCGACGUGGUCUUAUUUCUUAGGGGAACCAGUUGUAGAUAUAGCAGUUAGGGAAGACCCUGUAAAUAAGAUCGCUUCUAUUGUCGUGUUGGGAGAACGUAAUCUAUUCUGUUUGUUCGAUUCUGGACGAUUGAAUUUUAUGAAAAAGUUGGAAUAUUCUCCAAUUUGCUUCGAGGUAUAUAUUAUAAACGAAAAAAUAUUUUGCUUAAUUGUAUCAGAAACGAAUAAUUUGCUAAUAUACGAAAACACAACAUUAAAAUGGUGCGCAAAACUGCAAUAUUUGCCAGUCUGUAUAAAAAGAGCGUUUUUACGUACAGUCAAAGGUGCCUUGGUGUUAUUAUCGGAAGAUGGCGCUCUCGAUUGUUGUUAUUUAGGAACUGAACCGAGUCUAUUUGUUGCACCUCCGUUAACGGAAAGGGAAACGGAUAUAGAAAAAAUUGAAGAAGAGUUGGGAAAACUAACUGAACAAAUAAAACAAACUUACGGAAACGAUUUAAAAUUCGCAAAUCAAAAUAACGAAAAAGAAAUAACUAUAAAAAUACAAAUAAAUCAAGAUUUAGUACGUUGUAAAUACGAAACGAAUUUAAAAGAUUCGACUAAUGCGAAAAUGUGCGUUCUACAUAUAGACGUCGUUCCCCGAAUGGCUUUUGAAGAAGUCCAAGUAACCGUAGCGACAUUAAAACCGUUAAAAAUACACCCGACCAAUCAAUUUUUUGUAAAUCCCGAAGAAACAAUGUCUAUCGAGUGCCAUGCCUACCUCAACGAAGAUAUGGAAGUACCUAGUUUAAAUUUUAACGUUAUCGUCACUGUGAUAAGUUCAUUAGGAGUUCCGAGAAGUUUCUGCAAAUCUUCUGUACUACCGUUGAAGUUGGUAGCAGAAUCUUGUGCAGUUCAGAAGGAAGGUGAACAUAAAAUCAUUUUAAACGUCAAUCAAAAUAUCGUGCCACUGUUAACGUUAUUCCCAGAAUUUGUUGAAGAUAUUAAAGUUACCAGUUCCAUUGCUUUUAAAAAUACGUCUUCUGGUGAACCAGUUACUAUAUUAGUAGCUAAAUCUUCUGAUAGAUAUAGAAUACAAUCUAAUUCGUUCUUAGCGCUUGGUUACGUCAUAGAACAGCUGAUUUUACGGUUGCAUAAACAUUAUACAAACGUGGAGGAUUUCAGAAUUACGUAUAGCUCCGGUUUACCUACCACGGAAACUGUUUUUAUUAUAAGAGAACAUUUUUCUAAAAGGGAACAGUCUAGUAGAUUGGAGCUUUACUUAGAUCAAUUAGGAGGUCAGUUCAGGACAAUACAAAAACGGUUGAUAUCAAAAUUUAAAGUGAAAAAUCCGACUCCAUUAACAAAUUUGGAAAUAUUAAUGGACGAUACGUAUUUAGACAUUAUUAGUACUAUAGAAAAAUUGACGGAAGCCAAUAGGGAAUUGGUUAAAAGUCAAAUAAAAUUAUCUUGCGCUUUAAAUUUAAUAGGAAACUUGAUAAAAAUCAUGAAUAUCGAGGAGAACUUGAAAGAAAAUUUAGUGUCUGUUUUUUGUCCAACUGUAGAUGAUUUAGAGAGUCAAAAUUGGGAAGACGUAAUGGAAGCUACCUUGGGUUAUUUACUUCGAACAUACUUAGCUAAAUCGGAAAAAGAUAAGCUCAGAUUGUCCCAGACGAAUAUAGAAAAAGUUACCGAUAUAUCUAAAAUGGAAAAACAUCUCGUACAAGUCUUAGAAAGAAUUUCUAAAAUAGAAAAAAUCGACACCGAACAAAAAGAUGUUUCAGUUGAAAUCGAAGAAGAAAAUAAAAACAUGGAAAAAGAAGAAGAAGAACCGCCAGUUGGAAAUCAAUUCGGUGUGGCAAGUAUGCGUUUAUUAUCGGCAAGAAAAAGCUUAUUAAGAAAAAGGCACAAAGAUAAAGAAGAAGAAGAAGACAAAUAAACAUUUGUUUCUAUAUUAUUUAUUAUUACCACAAAACUAAAUACACAAAUUAAUAAAAUGGGCACUUGGAGAGAAGAAA